CUUACCCCACAACAAACCUAACCUGAGGCCUCAACACUGUACACAAGGCUAACGGACCAUCCUACCACCCCCUCUGUCUGUGAAUGGAUUGAUCCCGAUUUCUCAUAAUGAACUAAAUAUCACUGUAUGUUGAUAGUAAGGGCAAUGGAAGCAUGCUGCUUUGUCAGGCUCUGGAGCCAUUGGGAUAUGACAGGAUCUGGACUGUAAUAAUUUAGGAAUAUUAAGAAUUUCCAUGUGGGUAUAGGACAAACCAUGCUUAAAUACCUAUCCUGACACAGUUUUUGAAUGGAUAUUGAUUUUAGUGUAUUUGAGGAAGCGCUUCUGACUGAUUAAAGGUGUUGGAUUAGGAGUGGACCACAUGGUUUUGUAAACAAAACACUUUAAUCUUAGUUGGAGAGGAGAGAAAAAGGCGGACCAUUGAUAAAAUAAAGAGGGAGAUUUUUUUGCAGUCAGUCUGACAUUCCAGUACAUGGGGUGCUAAACUUGUGUUUACAUCUUCUGGAACCUAAUGAAAACAUAAAAAAAUUCUUGAACCAUGGGGAACUCUCAGAAUUGGGUGAAAUUAAAAGUGAGUUGGGAGACUGGACAAUGGAUAAUUUGUCUGUUGUGGAUGGGAUUUUAUCAAGUUCAUGCUCUAGAACUCGGACAAUGCCAGAAGGCCCUGGGUAUGGAGAGUGGGGAGAUACCGGAUCAUGCCAUCACAGCCAGCUCCUCCUUCAAGGAGAGCUCUGUAGGACCAGAGAGUGCCAGAAUUAGGAAGGAGAGAAAAGGUGGUGCAUGGUGUCCCAAGGAGAUGAUUGAUAAAUUCUCUUAUGAGUAUCUACAGAUAGAUCUGGAUAAGCUGAUGGUCAUCACCAAAGUGGAAACACAAGGCCGAUUUGGAAAUGGUUUGGGACAAGAAUAUACAGAAGAGUUCCUCCUGGAAUACCAGCGAGAGGAUGAUGGGGAAUGGAUCCGCUUCAGAAACAGAAAAGCAGAAGAGCACUUUAAAGCCAACUAUAAUACCCACACAGCAGAGAUGAAUGAAGUGUCGCCUCCAAUCAUUGCCAAGCGGGUGCGCUUUAUACCCUAUAGUCAGACCCAGCGCACUGUCUGUAUGAGGGUAGAACUCUACGGCUGUACAUGGGAUGAUGGUGUUUUGUCCUACUCUAUGCCACAAGGACACAGACGGGGAAAACACAGUUCAGAUGAGUUGGCUUUCCUGGACUUUACUUAUGAUGGAAUCAUCAAGGACCAGCACUUGUAUAAUGGUAUUGGUCAGCUGAUGGAUGGAGAAGAGGGGCAGGCCAACUUUCGCAAUGAUAUACAGGCCCGAGGGAUCAAGGGUUAUGAAUGGGUGGGAUGGAAGACAGAAAAAUUUGAGGAUAGCACACCCAUUGAAAUUGUCUUCAAAUUUGAUGCUGUAAGAAACUUCACCCGACUUAACAUACACUGUAAUAACUUUUAUGAUAAGGAUGUGCGAAUCUUCAGAAUGGCACAUGUAUACUUCAGUGUGUCAGGAAUCUACUAUCAACCUAACUACAUUGAGUUCAAGUUUGAAAGGGAUUCCUGGAUGGAGUAUGCCCGCACUGUUCCCAUACCACUGGAGAACAGGGUGGGAAAGUAUGUGAAAGUGCAGCUGUUCUUUGACAGCAAAUGGAUGCUCAUCAGUGAAGUUUCUUUCAUAUCAGAAAUUACAAAGGCUAAUGUUACCAUGGAGUUACCACCUGUAACCCAUCCAAUGAAGACCACCAGAAUUCCUCCCAGUCACAAUGAUAUACCUGUAGACAAUGGUAUCAAUGUUCAGAUAGGCAAAGCAGGGUCAAAACAUGUGGAGGAUAGAUCUGUCCAGACCAAGGAAGCCACGACGGAGAACGACAUGAUCGGCAUCAUCGUGGGCACGCUGUCUGCUCUCAUUGUCACUCUGCUGGUCGUAGCAGUAAUUGUUAUUAUCCUGAUUCGCCACAAGAGAAGUAAACAGAACAACAACCGCCACUGUCUUAAACCUGUGGAACGGCACAUCGCACUGAAUAUGAACAGCAUCCGAAACAUGCAGAAUGGCAAGGUCUCCAAUGGCAACAUGUACAACAGUGUUGCUCAAGAUGAAUUGGAAUCUGAUCGGGAAAUCUGUAAUGGAGGAGAGAAACUAUGUAAGAGUCCAUCGUAUUGUGAGCCUCAGGACUCUUUGGUCGGGGGGCGGGACCUACCAGAUUUGCCCGGGUGUGCGGCAGGGAGUUCUGAUUCCAGAGACUAUGCUGUUCCAGAUGUGACAAAGUCUGCCUUGAUUGUGGCCCUACCCCCACACACUCAGACUCCAAUACGAGUGUCCCCUGCCAACAAUGGAACCCCUAUCAUGAUGACAAACUCCCUUUCAGAGAAGCCUCCUACCUACGAUGCUCUGUACGCUGCUGCUGACAUAGUUCAUGUAAAUGUACCCAACAUUCCCAAUCUACAGGGAGUAAGUGGGAACAAUGUAUACGCAGUACCUAAUGCAGAACUUCUGCUUACCUUAGAACAUGCUGUUGUCCAAUUCCCACGGGAAAAUCUGCAGUUUGUGGAUGUUCUUGGAGAGGGACAAUUUGGUGAGGUACAUUUGUGUGAGGCAGUGAAUGUUGAUGGUUAUAUAAGUGAUGAGUACUUUAUGAACAGAGCCAGUACACAUACACCCAAUGUCUUAGUGGCAGUCAAAAUGUUACGACGGAAUGCUGAUGAUAGAGCAAGAGCGGACUUUCACAAGGAGAUUAAGAUAAUGUCCCAGCUGAAGGAUCCAAACAUAGUCCGAGUUCUCGGGGUGUGUACUAGGGAGGAACCUCUUUGUAUGAUUGUAGAGUACAUGAAAUAUGGAGACCUCAAUCAAUUCCUGUUGGACCAUGUCCCAGAAAGUCCGGUAGCUCAGGCCACUAAUGCCAAAACACUCAGUUAUGGCUGUUUAGUCUACAUGGCAUCUCAAAUAGCAUCAGGAAUGAAAUACCUGGAGUCGUUAAAUAUGGUUCACCGAGAUCUUGCCACCAGGAAUUGUCUGGUUGGAACGAAUUACACAAUAAAGAUUUCUGAUUUUGGAAUGAGUCGUAGUCUUUACAGUGCAGAUUACUACAGAAUAGAGGGAAGAGCGGUACUACCAAUCCGAUGGAUGGCUUGGGAAAGCAUCUUAUUGGGAAAAUUCACCACGAAAUCUGAUGUAUGGUCAUUUGCUGUGACACUGUGGGAGAUUCUGACAUUUGCCAAGGACCAACCGUUUGACUCUUUGACUGACGAACAAGUGAUAGAAAAUGCUGGACAUUAUUACCGCAACGACAAUAAGGAGGUGUAUCUUUCAUUCCCUCCCAACUGUCCAAAGGAAAUAUUUGACUUAAUGGUGGAGUGUUGGAACAGAAAUGAGGCAUGUCGACCUACAUUCCGUGAAGUCCACAUGUUUCUUCAACGAAAGAACAUGGGAUACAAUCCAAAGGAUGAAAAAAUGAACCAAAUCAAGGUCCCCAUUUGCUGACUAUAUAGCAAUUAUAGACAGUUACAAUGAUUUGUUCUCUUGGUUCUGGAGAGUCCCCGUUAUGUUCAGUGGAUCCUCAUUGUACUGUGUGCUUAACAGUUCUAAGUGCUAAACUUGUGAUGUGUAGGACACAGAAGGAUAAAGGUCCUUUUAUGUUGAAUGCUAGUCAUGUUUUAUUCAUUUUAAUGAUGGAAGAAAAAAAUGAUGCUGGUGAAAUUUAUUCCAUGUCUUUGUGAUGGUGUUAGGAGAGUGAUUAAUACACACCAGUUCCAUGUAAUUGUGAUCAGUCAUGGAAGGACAAAUUUACAGGAAUGAAUGCUUGAUUCUCACACAUAUUUCUGGAUCCUCUCCUUUCACAAAGAACAUUUUCAAACACUUAUAUCAGACAACAGGUGCUACCACAAUGUUGUGACAUAUGUUGCCAUAGAAAUUGUGAUGAUUUAAACUCACAGAACUUGAUAAACAUUCUCUGAAUGAAAUCCUUUUAGUUUAUUAACAUACAUAUAUUUUGUGAUUGUUUUUCACAAUCUUAAUGAUUUCAACAAUCUAGAUUAUGUGCAAUGAAUCUUCAAUGAUUUUUGAAAUUGUCACCAUCAUACAAAUUAUUUGUGAUUUCAUUUUUUUUUACCCAUUAAUUAUAUCUUAUUCUUUAUCAGUAUAUAUUCCAUGCUGAAUACAUAUUUUUUUUUAAUUUUCACUUUCUUAUUCAGUGAGUUAGUGUUGUAAAUAGAACACUAAUGCCAUCAUAUGACCUCUAGACACACACCACCCAGUGUUGAGUAUUGUAACAUUUACUGAUGUCUCCCAAGUAUAUGUAUCUUCCAUAGAAACUUGAUAUUAUAUAACAGUGUACUCCACUUUAUUAGUAGAUGCACUGCAUCAAAUUGCAAAAAAAACUUUCAAACAUGUUUUGUUUUCUCUGGGGAUUUAUUGAUAUAUGUUUAUUUUCUGAAAUUGGCAAUUCAAAAUAGAUAGUACAAACCUACAUCACUAGGUAUAAGAUUGCAUCCAGUACAAACCUACAUCACUAGGUAUAAGAUUGCAUCCAAUACCAGGACAAAGCCUCCUCUAGGGGCACCUGUUAACUUUUCAUGCCCUCCAGUCUUGUUUCUAAAAAGUUUCUUCUUUAAAUUACCUAUGAAUAUUAAGAUAUUUUAUUAUGAACUUGUGAUGAUAAUCUUGUUAAAGUCUCUCUUUCUACAAAAUAUUUUGUAUCUCAUAUUGUAAAUAUUCUUCAUUAUAAAAUCCAUCUUUAUCUUGCCAUCAAAUUUAUCAGUUACAAUGUUGAAUUCAGACAGCUUUUUCCAAGCACCUGGUUACAGCUUUAAUCACUGAAUUUUCAGAUUUAUAAUCAAUGUUACAAAAUCUUAAGUUAAUUUUGCAUUCAUACAUAUGAAUAUGAUAUAAAUGGAGUGAUAAAAUGUUGAAUUUCAUAGAGUUUAAGAAUUACAGCUGUGUUGAUUGGCUAGUUAUCCCCCCUUUUAAUCAGUAUUUUACAGUUUUUACCAGAAAAUAGUUUACUAAAUUUGCUACGCAAAAAGCAUUAUUCAUCUUUGUAAUAUUGUUAAAAUUAGAUGUAUAUUUCACAUUUUUAUUAAUUUCAGACAAUCGUCUUAAAUAGCUUAAUAAUUUUGCUUAUGAUAUGGCAAAAGCCAUAUGUAGUUUCAUCUCAUCAAUUUUUUUCUUCAACAUUUUAUUCUUCAAUAUUAUUUAGAACUUUCAGUGACAAGACUUUAUUAUCAACAUAUCCUAAAUGUUGAACGAAAUAUCUUGCAGAGAUUCGAUCUUGGUUGUGAAUUAAAUUGCCCCUUUCUUAGUGAUGUUGUCGUCAUUAGAAACUAAAGUAAACCUUUGUGGGGCUUUAUUUUUAUAUGGCUACAGGUGUUGUCCGUGUGUCCCUUGUAUCAGCAUGAUUUGGCAAGGAGUGCCACACCAUGCCUCCUCAGUGUGCUAUAGCCAUUUGUUGGUUUUCAUCUCGGCCAUCUUGAUUUUAGAGCUUAGAAUUUUUUUCUGUUUUAAAAAAAUUAACCCGUUUGUAGUUGAUGAAUGAGUAAAAAUUGUCAUUUUGAUGAUUUCUUAAAAGCAUUACUUUUCCCAAGUACUUUUGAAGCAGUUUAUUUUUAGGAAUUUUUCUCAUCACUUUUCAGUCAUUCAUGUUUUCACAACUUAUAGCAGAUGGUGCUGUAUUUUUUAAUUUAUGUAAUGCUUCAUCAGUACUUUUGUUUUUGUUAUUUAUAUUUUAUCUUUUACUAAUGUAUACUUUGUGUUAAUAUAAGCUGUCAGUACUUUGUUUAGCAUUAUGCAGACAGGACACCAGUUUAAAGCAGUGACCAGUUUAAUUUUUAAUGACUGCCCUAAUUUGGUCGCUAUUGCAUUUCAUUUUUGUCAUUCCAUUCGGAGCUGUCGUCAUUGUUAUUAAAUCUUUUAUGUGCGAUGUAAAAGAAUGCAUUUGUUAAAGGAGUAGUUUGUAUUGUAUGUAAAUAAAACUACAAAAAACAA